UAAAUAUCGCCGUCCGCGACAAACCCGUCACUCACCUGUGCACGCCGCGAUGUAAAGAAUUCUGUGCAGGCUAAACGCACAAAUAACGGAUACGCUGGGAUCGGUUUCGGCAUCGUUCGUAACCGGGCUCACCAUGUCCAUCACGCGACUGACGUACCUGGACAUAUGCGACGAUUGCGCAACGGUGACGCAAUUGUUUCAGACACAACUGUUCAUCAACAUCGUAGGCAACGUGUUCGGUGUCACGUUCAUGAUGCUCUCGGCGUUCAACACAUUGAUGUCCGAAGGCGCGAACACCAUCCGAAUCACUCUGUACUUUCUUUACGACUCGCUUGUGCGCACGUUGCAGAUGUAUUUCAUCAUAGACGUUUGCCACACGACCGUUGAACAGGCCAAUUCUAUUAAUAUCACAUUUCAAAAGAAAAUUAAUGAAUUCCAUCAAAUAAACUUCACAAAAAGACAGGUACAAUUAUUCAUUUUGGAGAUGUUGGAUCAUAAAAUUGAGUUUAUUAUUUAUGGAUUUAUUAAUCUGGACUUUGAAAUGUUUGUUUCAAUAAUGGGUACAAUAGCUACAUAUUUAUUGAUUUUAGUACAGUUGGGAUCUUCACCCAACCCUUUAGAAAAAACGUAUAAUAUGACUACCAUAUCAACAUCAGCCACGUAUAGCACAAAAGUACCGAGCAUUUAAGAACAAAGUCACAAUAAUAAUAUUACAAUCAUUAUAACUGAAUGAAUCCAUUGUAAUUUUUAUUUCAAUCUUA